ACCUCGGCGCUCUCUGCGAAUCACUCAGCCCGGGUGCAGCUGGUUGGAUGUGUGUAUGUGUGUUGUGUGUGUUCUGCCGGCGAACUCUCUGUGCCAUUGUAACACACUAGGCUACCUCAACAAUCUCUUCAUUUGUUUUUCUUCACUGCGAUAAAGCCAACAAAUGGCUGCCUAUAACGUUUUCAUUGGAAUUUUCACAGUGUUACUUGUAUAUAUGCAUACGGGCUUGGCAAUCAAGUGCUUUGAGUGCAACAGCCACAAUGACAGCCGAUGUAGUCAGGACCCCUUACCCGACAUGCUCAAGAAGGACUGCUCCGAUCACGCCAGAGGAGUACAGUUCACAAUGUGUCGCAAGAUCGUCCAGAAUAUCGACUUCGAGGUGAACGGAAAUCCUCCAGAUCUGCGAGUGAUCCGUGGUUGUGGUUGGGAUGACUCCAAUUACUUGGGUCGAUGUUAUCAGAGAUCUGGUUUCGGAGGCCGUCAGGAAGUGUGCUCCUGUCUCGAAGACUAUUGCAAUGGUUCUGUGGGCGUGACAACGUCUCUGACACUAGCCGUAUGCACAGGACUCAUACUGGUGUUGAGUCGACUCAUGUACUUCUGAGCCCCCCCUCUCCCCUCCUUGUCCCAAACACGUCCCGUCCAUCCCCAAAGUACCGCACUUAUUAUGGAACAAAAAGAAAGGUGCGAAUUGUCGGAUUUUUAUGUUGGUGGACGUGUCUGAUAAAUUCUAAUUUCUAAAGAAAGUUGAAGACAAAAAGAUAGUCAUCAUAAAAAAUAUUUAUGAAAUGUUGUACGAUUUCUAAAGUGCAAAUACACUUUGUGAAAUUGUAAUAAGUAGCUACUAUAACCGUAAAUAUUAGGCAAUUACAUACGAAACUUGUAAAUAAUAAUAUAAUUUUCAUUUUGCCAUUCACUGAGCAAAAUGUGCAAGCCAGCCUUGCAUAAAAGUGCCAUGUAAUUAAGCAAAGGGAACUACUUAGUCUGCUGUAUAUGAUUUCAUGAACAAUUUUUCGUUAUCAGGGGUUGUAUUGAUAAGUUCUUCUUAUAUUACUAUAAGGCUUAUGGGAGUUUCUUUUCCAGUUAUAUGUAAGUCCAGCCAAAUAGAACAUUCCUUAAAUUUUAUAAUGAAAUUGGAUGAAGGUUGACAAAAAAAAUCUAGCUUCAAUAAUGUACCUAUUGUAAUUAUUACACCAAGUUGAGUCUGUGUAGACAUGUAUACUGUAACUAUUGUAAGUAGUCUGAAGUCUGCAAAAUGAAUUUCUGUACUUUGGAACCAAUAGUUCCAGUUGUAAAGAAGAUAAUGUAUUUUAAUCAAUUUUGUGCGUAAAUAUGCUUACAUAUAAUUACUUCAGUUAUUGAUAUUACACUUUAUUUUCUUCCAGUAACAUAUCACGUGACUAACAGAAUAUAAGUUUCUUUUGAAGAGGUUGAAAAAUAAAUUAACGCUAACAGUUAG